AGUACUACAGUGUCAGUGACAGUCCACCGACCUGUCUGUGCUGUUUGUUUCAUGCAGGCUGUGCGGUCAGUAGCUUGGUAAUUAGCGUCUUUCCAACAGCCAGAUGAACCAAACGUUAACGUUAGGUAACAACAGCAGCUGAUAACUCUCGCUUUCAGAAAUGGCAGACGACGAAAUAGACUACAACAUCGUGUUUCCAGAUGCAGGGACAUCGGAGAGACACUGGCAGGGGACAAAGGAGCCAGUUGUGAUACUGUUGGGCUGGGCUGGCUGCAAAGACAAGCACCUGUCCAAGUACAGCUCCAUCUACAACGAGCAGGGAUGUGUCACCAUCCGCUACACUGCCCCCUUGAAGACGGUCUUCAUCUCCGAGUCCUUUGGCUACAAGGAGCUGAGCAGCACAGCCCUGAAGCUGCUGGAGAUCCUCUAUGACUAUGAGGUGGAGAACAGUCCCAUUUUCUUUCACAUAUUCAGUAACGGUGGCUUCAUGCUGUACCGUUACAUUGUAGAAUUGUUGCACAGUGACAAACAGUUCAGUUCCUUGUGUGUAAUCGGGGCUGUAGUAGACAGCGCCCCAGGUAGCGGGAAUGUCCGAGGGGCCCUGCGUGCACUGACGGCCACCUUAGGACCAAAAAUAAGUCCUUUUUUAAGGUAUGUCCUCUUAGCACUUUUUGCAGUGACUGUUUUCCUUUUGCGCAUUGUACUGUACCCUUUGACCAAGUAUAUCCACAAAAAUCACUAUGACGCAGUGCGGGAUAGGCCGCCCGCCUGGCCUCAUUUCUACCUGUACUCCAAAUCUGACCAAGUGAUCAGGUACAGGGACAUCGAGCUCUUCGUGGAGACCCUGAAGCAGAAAGGCGUCCCCGUGGACAGUUUCGAUUUUGUUUUCAGUCCCCAUGUUGGUCAUUUCCGGGAUUUUCCUGAACAGUAUGCUCUUAAGUGUCGCGAUUUCCUGCUUGCGUGCAUGAAGGACUUGGAAGGGGCUGAGACGAAGAAGAGACGCCGGAUUCAAAAUCAGUGAAACUUGGAGACACCCUCCCAGGAAUUCACUAACCAUCCGUUAAACAGUCUUUUCCAGAUUUUGAAGAGAGCUGAAGAAAAUCAGACAGCUUCAUUUUUCCACGGCGGUCUGAAAAAUCUUCCAGAAAAUUUUGUUCAGAUAACUGGAAUUUGCGCUGAACUCUGCGAUGUUUCUCCGUCUGUGGAAACCUUCCACAAAUGCGGUCUGGGUCUGCUGUGCGUAAUCCAUCUCUGGAAAAGCAGCCAUAUAAAACACUGUAACUGUUCAACCCUGCGUACUCAACAGUCAUGCACUACAUGUAAAAAAUAACAGAACAAACAGUUGCUAUACACUGGAAAAUUGGGACUUAAAUCCUUUAGGAUGAUUUCUAUGGUAUUUAAUAUUGCUGUGAAAUGUGAUGAGUCGUAGACUAGUAGUAGUGAUUCUAAACUGAUGAGACUGGUUAUUGGAAAAUAAUAAUCUGUAUCUUCUAUUUAUAAAACUUAAAAUGUAUUUAUGGUUUUAAUCGUUAAAAUGAAAAAGCUAGGGAGCUUACAGUGAAGGCGACUGUCAAACAUUAAAAGGAUUAAUAAUAUAAUACAUUUUCUUUGAAUUAAAAAAAAGCAUCUAAAUUGUUGCCUUAAGCAUUAAAUGCAAUCUUAUGUACUUUCUGGUCCACAAAUUGUAGAAUACCCAACCCUAGUAUGUGAUACAAAAUUGAUUUAGUUUAAGGAAAAAGGAGGUUGAUGAUGAAUGUAUAUGUCCAGCACAGCCUAUGUGUUCCUUUUAACUCAUGUGCCUUCAAUAAAUCAGA